CAGCCUGGAAGGCUGCCGGUAUUCUUUUGGGGCGAGCGACGGUGGCGGGGCCGAAGAGCGGGUGGCAGGGGCCUUGGGGCUGCGCCCGCCCUGCGUCUGGGGCUGCGCCGGGGCCGACCCUCAGGUCUGGCCCUACCCCCACAACCCCGGCGGCGACGUGACAGUUGGGACCCCCGGCCACGUCGCGGCCGGCCAGGCUUCGGGGAUUCCCCCACCACCGACCCUAGGUGCCCCUCGACGACGGAGCAGACAGAGCUUCAGUACCUGGGGAAGUUGUGAACUUUCUGAAUUUCAAGAACCAUAAAGUUGGAGCACAGUAUAUGGUGUAUAAAAGAUUGCAGAUUGGAAAGAAAACUGAUGAAGAAAAACAACAUGUUUCAGGUACACCAUUGAGUUCUUAGGAAUGCACAGAAGUGUCUGGUUAAGAAACGUAUGACAUACACGAUAAGAGCCUGCGUCAGGGAGCGUACUGAGAAUUACUUUCAAGGAGCCUCUCCAUAGAUGCAAACAAUAACUGUCGGAGGUGAUGGGAAUGUACUGGAACAAUGGGAGAAGCUGGUAUCUUAUAGAAAGCCAAGAUGACAAGAAUUGUUUUGCAUAAUCUGAGUGGCACACCAUCAAGACAUGGAAUAUAUAUCUGGAGUUGCCACUCAUUUUAUGAAGGAAGAAUCUGGUUCAAAAAUGAGGUAAAUUAAUGCUUGGACACGCAGAAUUGUGGACAGCUACGUGAUGUUUUAAAAAUCUGCCCUGACCAUCUUGCCAAAGGAGCCCCCACUCAUAAGGCCCAACAGGAUGAACCAAUCCAGGAGGGACAGUGUCCUGCCCUGUAGGACCAGGGACUGCUGACCUCCCAGAGCAAGUGGUGACUGCAGUGUUGUCUGCCAAUACAAUGAAGGAAGUGGUUUAUUGGUCACCCAAGAAGGUGGCAGACUGGCUCCUGGAGAAUGCUAUGCCAGAAUACUGUGAACCUAUGGAACAUUUCACAGGCCAAGACUUGAUCAGCCUAACUCAAGAGGAUUUUACAAAACCCCCUUUGUGCCGAGUCUCCUCAGACAAUGGGCAGCGGCUCUUGGACAUGAUAGAGACCCUGAAAAUGGAGCACCACAUGGAAGCACACAAGAAUGGCCACGCUAAUGGGCACCUCAGCAUUGGUGUAGACAUCUCCAACCCUGAUGGCAGCUUCAGCAUCAAGACAAAACCCAAUGGUAUGCCAAAUGGGUAUAGGAAAGAGAUGAUACAGAUUCCCAUGCCGGAGCUAGAACGCUCCCAGUACCCCAUGGAGUGGGGCAAGACUUUUCUGGCCUUUCUUUAUGCACUUUCCUGUUUUGUCCUCACCACAGUGAUGAUCUCGGUCGUCCAUGAACGAGUACCUCCUAAGGAGGUGCAGCCUCCACUACCGGACACAUUUUUUGACCAUUUUAACCGGGUGCAGUGGGCUUUUUCUAUUUGUGAAAUUAACGGCAUGAUCCUUGUAGGACUCUGGUUACUUCAGUGGCUGCUCUUAAAAUACAAGUCUAUUAUUAGCAGAAGAUUUUUCUGCAUAGUUGGCACGCUGUACCUGUAUCGGUGUAUUACAAUGUAUGUUACUACACUCCCAGUACCUGGUAUGCAUUUCAACUGUUCUCCGAAGCUUUUUGGUGACUGGGAAGCCCAAGUCCGGAGAAUAAUGAAGCUGAUUGCUGGAGGUGGCUUGUCUAUCACCGGCUCUCACAACAUGUGUGGGGACUAUCUGUACAGCGGGCACACGGUCAUGCUAACACUUACCUACCUAUUUAUCAAAGAGUAUUCCCCUCGACGACUCUGGUGGUACCACUGGAUUUGCUGGCUUCUCAGCGUCAUUGGAAUCUUCUGUAUUCUCUUAGCACAUGACCACUACACUGUGGACGUGGUGGUGGCAUAUUACAUCACCACAAGACUCUUCUGGUGGUAUCACACUAUGGCCAAUCAGCAAGUGCUAAAGGAAGCUUCCCAGAUGAACCUCCUGGCCAGGGUGUGGUGGUACAGGCCGUUCCAGUACUUUGAAAAGAACGUCCAAGGAAUCGUACCUCGAUCUUAUCACUGGCCCUUUCCCUGGCCCACAGUCCACCUCGGUAAGCAAGUUAAAUACAGCCGCUUGGUGAACGACACAUAACAGCUGUACAAAGUGGGAGACUGAGGAACUGUCCGAAGUGCUAAGAACUCCACGAGAGAAGAUGCCAUAAAAUAAACACCUCCCUGAUUCUAUUAUCUUUCAACAGUUACCUUGACUUAACCUAUUGAGUUACCUGGUCAGCACUGUGAUCUUUUUUUUCUCUCCAAAGGACUUGCGUUGGACAACAAUAAAGAAAAUUUAACCUACAUUUUCUGUUCCUAAGUUUGGGAUUUACAUUACCCACAGCUACCAUGUUCCUUUGUAUAUGAAGCAACAGUAUAAAGCUUUUAUAUAAGUUCUGGUCUUUCCAGUCACAUCUGGAAAUAAAGCGUAUUAUUUUCUUGGGAAAACAUACUUUUCAUAUCUCUUGCCCCAAAGAUUGGGCUGUAAGCCAUUUUCUAGCAAAUGUCUCUAUGAAUGUUUCUAAGUACCUGAAUGAGGUUCGAUUCUGAAAUCUUCCUGCCUGUUGCACCAAUGUUCAAAUAAAAAUGACAGACACAGAGAGGUUUGGUAACUUUGGAUUUUGUAAAAUCAACAGAGACAGUGUGUCAAAAAGAAAAAAAAAAACUUCUGUUACAAAGUGAUUUUCUAAGUAUUUCCUAACUUUAUUUUUCAAAAUGAUGUUAUGAAAACCAAAUUUAAAGAUUUUUACAUGUCAGAGAGAAGAGAGUUAAAAUGUAAAAUGCUUCUUGGGAGAGAAAUGUGUCUAUGUUUCUAGUGCCUUUCUUGUCUUGAUUGUAUGGUCCGUAGGCAAUCGUAAAUGUUUUAUUUAAAAUAAAGUAUUCCACAAAAAUAUACAUGUAUGUAUACACUAAUAAAUUUUGCAUUUAUAGCUAAAUUAAAUCAGAAGGCUGCUUAUGGUUUUAAAAUUGCUUUGAAUUAAAGGGUGAACUAAUUAGAGAGUCCGAGCUUGUUCACGCACCGUGAGCAGGCAGAAAUGACGUGCACCACUUCAGUUACUUUAUCAUCUGUUUGGUAAUUUGAUUUUAACUGCUCUAUGAAAACAGCCAUGAAUAUCUUUUUUUAAAAGAGAGUUUUGAAAAUGAUCACUUUACCUAAAACUUGAAAGCUACAAAUUAGUUAUCCAUACUCUCAUGACAAUUUUGUUGGUCAACAACAAAAGAGAUCUAUUGCUUUAAAAUAUAUUUAUGCAGAAACUGCAUGUAACUCUAAGUUUUACUCCUAACAUAUGUAUGUUUGGGGAAGUAUUCUAUUCUAUACUUGCCAAUGUGGAGAACAAAAUAGUUUUUUAAGAAUGAAGAAGUAUAUAUAUCCAUUCUGUAUUUUAUGUGCAGCAGAAUUAUCUACUGUAGGGUUUUUUGUGUAUUCACAAAGUGAUAUUUGUAUUGUAAAACAAUAAUGGUGAAGGAAAUAAAACAGCUUUUAAAAUUUUGUUUGUUUUAAAUCUUUGUAAAGUUAUUAUUCCAGAGAGUAUACUGAUACCUUACAGCUUACCUAGAUCCUAAAUUAAUCAAUAUGCACUUUUUAAUAAAAACCAGUACUUCAAAUAAAUGGCUGUUGUUGCUAA